UUUUAGGUUUUUAGAAAAUGCCGCCCUGCUCGUUUACCUACUGCCGAAGAAACUAAUUGAUGAUUUCUUAAUUUCUUGCAUUUCGUAUUUGAGCCGCAUAAUGUAUUUCAAUUUUCAAUAGUGCAGAAAACACAUUCUCAACCUCUUUGAUAUUUAUCUGGUUCUCUUGAUUUCUCUGAAUCUAACAAGGAGAGGAAGACGGGUGUUUAUAUAGGCAAGAAAAAGGAGGAAGUGAAAAGCAAAGAAGAGGAAAAACAGAAAAAAGAGAAAGGCUAUCACAAUAGUACAAAAGGCUAACAAACAAACUUAACUAACUAACUAACUAACCAGGAUUACUAUUAUAUACAUUAAUAUCCCCCCUCAAACUAGGAGUGAUAUCAGAAACUCCAAGUUUGCCAAGUAACUCUCUGAACUGUGCUGAAGGAAGAAUUUUAGAAAUUAUGUCUGCGAGCUGAUGAGUAGUAGGUAGAUACGAUAAUUGGAGAAGCCCUUUGUGCGAUCAUGAAAAAUGGGAUUCUUGGCUAUAUGAAGAGCAGAUUGGUUAUCACAAUGGAGCUUGAGUGGCUUGAGAUUAUGUACUCUCUUCUCUUGUAACAGGUUGACAACCCAGAUUACUUCAGAUGCAGUGUUGGCCAUGGCACGAUGUUCGGCCUCAGAACUAGAUCUUGAAACAACACUUUGUUUCUUUGAUUUCCAGCUGAUAGGAGAUUUACCUAACAUGAGAAUAUAACCAGUGACUGAUCUUCUGGAGUCUUGGCAAGCACCCGAAUCUGAGUCACUGUAUGCAUGAAGAGUAAGCUGAGUAUUGCCUUGAAUUAAUAUUCCUUGGCCACAAGUAGAAUGGAGAUAGUUUAUAGUAUGAAGUAGAGCAGCCCAGUAAGUGUCUCUAGGAUGUUGCAUGAAUUGUCUGAGAUGUUGAGUGGUAUAUGACAAGUCUGGCCUGAUAUUUGUUAGAUAAUUGAGCUUUCCUACUAAGCUGCGAUAAAGAGUAGCAUCAGGAAGCAAGUCACCUUCAAAAGCUGAUAGCUUAAUAUUCAGAGUGGCGUGAUGGUGAAGGCCUACAAACAAGAACAUGUUUACAAGCACCCGUGGGAAAGAGUGACAUCUGCAUCUUGGCGCAAGUUUGCUGACCCAGAGAACAAACGCACCCUCUCUCACAUUCUUGAAGUUGACACAUUGAAUAGGAAGCUUGAACCUGAAACCGGAAAGCUAUACACUACUAGAGCAAUCACUAUUCAUGCUCCGGGACCAUGGUUUAUACGCAAGAUGGUUGGGCAGGAUAUCUGCCACUGUGUUGAAUCUACAGUUGUUGAUGCUCAAACACGAUCAAUGCAACUGACCACUCGGAAUAUUAGCAUGCAGAAGUUUGUUGAGGUUGAAGAGAAAAUACGGUAUGAUCCACACCCUGAGAAUCCUUCUGCGUGGACGCUUUGCAGACAAGAGACAUGCAUCAAGAUUAAGCCACUUUCAGCUCUUUCUUCUAUGGCUGAGAAGGUGGAACAACGUUGCGUUGAGAAGUUCCUACAGAACAGUGCCAAGGGAAGAGAAGUUAUGGAGAGAAUGUGCAAAUAUCUUGAAGCUGAAUCUUGUGGAAUCUCUAUCUGAUUCUGCUGUUCUUGUCUAAGCUGUAAUAGCACAUCAUCAUCAUCAACGCAAUAUCCCGCCCAAUAAAGGGUCUGGACAUAACGGGCAAUCCAUACCCGUAACCCCUCCAUUCUAACAAGGUCCUGAAUACUACAGGGUCAACUUUAAGAGUAAAUAGUGAUAGCAUGUACCAAUAGUGUAAAAGCUUGAUCUUAGAAACCUAAAGUCUUGUUUGACUUGCAGCAAUUUUGAAAGAAAUAUACUUUCCUAUUUAAUUUAACUUGAGUCAGAGUCCUUGUUAGCUCUAUGUCUAUUAUACACAAGCCAGUACUCUUGUUUUGUAAGUUAGGGUAUCAAUAUCCAUUGAGUCCUUCUGAAGCUGAAAAGAAAGGAAAUGACAAAUAUUUGACAAAAGUUUUACGUUGUA